AUGGAUGAUAUGCAGGAGAUUUUGUUUGCUGGACCAUACAUAAUCAAUAAUAGACUUAUUAUUCUUAAACAAUGGACAACUGAUUUUGAUUUUGAGAAGGAAUUCCCCACUGAAAUUCCUCUAUGGAUUAGGUUUCCAAAACUUCCACUGAACUGCUGGGAUGUGAACUCACUAAGUAGAAUAGCAAGUUCAAUUGGCACACCUAUGUAUGCUGAUGAAUGUACAGCUAAACAAUUGAGAGUAUCCUAUGCUAGGAUGCUAAUGGUGGUGGAUAUGACAAAACCUCUGAAGGAUGAAAUAACUGUUGAAGAUUCAAAUGGGAGGACCUUCUUGCAGCCAAUUAACUAUGAUUGGAAACCAAAAUUUCGUGAAACGUGCCAAGUCAUUGGGCAUAACUACAAGCAAGAAGGGAGAAGACAGAAUCAAUAUGGUGCAACUAUGAAUGAUAAGAGCAAGCCAAAGAAGAUAACGCAGCAAUGGGUGACUAAAGAGAAAGGAAAGACAAAACAAGCAGAAGAAGAACCUACGCUAGAACAGGAAAUAAUUAUACAACAACUAGAGACCAUAAGGGUAAUGGAAGCGGGACAAGGUUCAGGUGUGACAAAGAUGAAUAUGCCAGUAUUACAUGAAGAUCAAACACCAAAGGUUAUGAGUAAAAAUCAAGAGGUGGAGAGGAUAAGUGCAGAGUUUAAUAAUAUCAAUUUUCCAGUGCUUGGUUCAGUUCCACUGAGGAAUGGAUUUCAAAUACUGAGUAGAGAGGAGAAUGGUGCUCACACUGUACCUCCUGAUAUAGGAGGAGUAGCAGCUAUUGUUGAAACAAGGGUCAAGGAGAAUAAAGCUGGAAUUAUUACUAGAAAUAUAGCCACGGGAUGGAAUAGUUUGUAUAAUUAUUCAUCUGCUAAAAAUGGGAGGAUAUGGGUACUAUGGGACACAAACAACUAUCAGGUAGUUAAGCUGACGGAGACUGCUCAGAUGAUGCAUUGUGAAAUUACAGGGAGUGCAUAUCAGACUGACUGCUUGGUGACUAUCAUAUAUGGCUUCAAUACAAUGGAACAAAGGAAGGGGUUAUGGGAAGAUCUGAAGACAUUAGCUCAAGACAGCUAA